UGCAGAUAAGUUGAAUAUCGUCCGUGUUUUCUGUCGUGUCACGUGGCAUCAGUGCUUUUGUUAGUUCUGGUGAAUUUGGGUUAAAGUUUAUUCACCAUUCUCGUCCUAAUUUCAUAGAAUAUGGAGCUAAUGAGUUGAAGUUAGGGUCGAUACGUUCCGCUCUGUGCGAAGCAUUAAUAUGAUGAUUUCACCGGAACAGAAACAGGAAGCGGGUGUUCGUGUGGGCCGAAUGGAAGAGCGACGCAGCGUCAGUGUUGCUGUGACUGUGCUGCGGUCUUCUUGUUCCUUACGUUACGCAGAUUUGUUAGAAGAGGCUUCAAUGACUCAAAUGUCGUGUGGAGUUUGGCGCGGCAAAAUGGAAACAUGUCAAUGACGCUGCGUGAUUCCCUUCGCCGGGACGAUCCUCGGUGGUUUGUGUCCAGGUGAGAUGGUUCUCAUCCAGGGUUCAGUUCCGUCAGACUCUGACAGGUUCCAGGUGGACUUCACGUGUGGCAGCAGCAUGAAGCCGCGCGCCGACGUGGCGUUUCACUUCAACCCGAGGUUUCGCAGGUCGCCGUGCGUCGUGUGCAACACGCUGCAGAAGGAGCGCUGGGGCCGCGAGGAGAUCCUGCACCAGGCGCCGUUCACCGCCGGCGAGGCCUUCGAGCUCGUCGUCCUCGUCCUCAGAGACGAAUUCAAGGUGGCAGUGAACGGUGCCCACGUGUUGCAGUACAAACACCGUGUGGCGCUGGAACGCGUCGACACGCUCUGUAUCUCUGGAAAGGUCAGCGUUGGAGCUGUGGGCGUGGUCCCGCCAGCGACGAUUUCUCCAGCUGCCAGUCCGACCAAUCAGGACUCAGAGAGGAAGGCAAUAAUUUCCUUGUCAGGAAACUUGCUGGUUCCGUUCACUGGUAACCUUAGCGACGGCCUCAAAGUCGGACGAAGCAUCUCCAUCAAAGCAGAAACAAAUGAAAACGCUCGCAGUUUCUGCGUGAACCUGCGACCUUCAGACGGCGGUGACAUCGUGCUGCACCUGAACCCUCGGCUCACAGUCUCCGCCUUCAUCAGGAACUCCUUCCUGUGCGAGAGCUGGGGCAUCGAGGAGAAGACGCUGGACUCGUUCCCCUUCACCGCCGGACAGUACUUUGAGAUGAUCGUCCGAUGUGACUCGCACUUCUUCAGAGUCGCUGUGAACGGAACCCACCUGCUGGACUACAAACAUCGGGUCCAGGACCUGGACCGGAUCAAAGUGGUGGAGGUUCAGGGAGACGUCCGUCUGCUGGACGUCAAGGUCUUCUGAUCACACACACAGACACAGGAAGUGCCUGCUGCUGCUAUUGCACCAGACCAGCAGGGGGCGUCUCAGGGUCGAGGAGACGUUUAUUUCUGGAAAUGCUUCAUUACAUUACAUUUACUUUUAUCCACAAUAACAGCUUCACUGAUUGGUUGAUUGAUGAGCAGAUGACACACCCCCUUAUCAACUCUGCGUGAAAGAUGCAUCGACGAGGACGACGUCCCGCGCUGAGAAGACGCCGGAGGACGCGUCCCCGACUCCAAGGGUUAUUCAUGACUAAACUAAUGUAAUUUGAUAACUUCUCUUUAACACGAGUCACGCGUGGAUUUGAAUGUUUUACAUCACGACGAUGAUGAAGAUGAAGAUGAAGAUGAAGACGCAAACCUGGAAGAUUCUGGCGAUUUUGAAUAUUUCGCUUCAGAUUAAAGAAAAACUGUCAUUUGUUUACAAAUAAACAACGAAUGAAACUAA